AAAGACGUCACGGUGCCGCAUACCCGUCUUUCAGGGCUGAUGGCGGCCUCCACUAAUAAGCACUUGACGCUGCAGCGAAAACCAACUUCAUUCCGCUCAAAAUUUAGAUCGUCAACUUCAAUAUUUUUACUUCAUUUUCAUCAUGUCAAACAGCGGACGCGGUCGAGGUGGAUUAUUCCAGCGAGGUGGUCGAGGCGGUCGAGGCGGGGGCUUGAUAGGGUCAGCUGUCCGUGGCGUAGCAGGCGGCAUUGGGCUCGUAUCGGAGAGCGUUAGCUCUUACAAAGAGAAGAGAACCGCUGAGAAAAACGCCUCAUCGUCAGAGUCAAGUCAGCAGCCUCAAUCAAGCGGCAUUGCUGCCAGCAACGAGCCGCCACCGAACUAUGAGCCUCAGCCAAACCAGCAUGAGGACUCGACUGAAAGACAAUGGGAGCUCGACGAAACACAAUCCGAGCUACUCUCAAGUCCCCAAAAGGGUGCCGACUCCGCUCAACAGACUCAAGAUGACAAGGAUCUUGUAGCCAGUUUUUUGAGAGUUCAUGGCUCUCCAGCUGGCCGAAGCAAUGCUCAAUUGGAGUUACCAGUCAUUCUUGCGCAGCGAAGACCAAAAGAUCGAACUCGCGGCUUUGUUCGUGGAUAUGCCCCAAUGCUUGAGACUGUCGGCAUUGACCAGGCGGCUUGGCUGGACUUUCUAGAUAAAUUUGAUCAGUCUACCCGAGCGUCGCCGUGGAUCGAGGUCAUCAACUUUGCAGAGUUGGGUGGUUUCUUUGUGCCAAUUGCACCGAGCAUUGCCAUUAGCGCAGCCGUGUACAAAACAAUUGAGGUUGCGAAGGAUGUCCAAGGCAGACAAAGGUCAAACAAGUUCAUUUCCCAGAUGAAUGAGCAAUACUUCUAUCCAAACGGCUUAUGCUGUCUGAUCAUGACCUGGCGACCCGAUUCCGGAAGGUCUCACGAGGUUGUUGACCUAACAUCAACAGUCGCUUCUUCGAUUGGAUCUUAUGACUCUGGAUUUACUAAUAAGUUUAAAACCUCCAGCGGAAAGACCUACGGUGAUUUUGCUCUCCCCGAGGCUGCCCCUCUCAUCUUUCCGACCCUCGAUGUCCUUGCUGAGGCCGAUAGCGAGGAGUCGAGAGGUUUGAAGCAAAGCCUGGGUGAGAAGAGAACAUACAUCCAGGAUUAUUAUGAUAAGAGGGCCCAGGCUCAGUUUGCGCUCAAUAGACCGGAUAACCUCUUGGCCAACCAGCAAGAAGCUCCAAAGUUCACUUCACGAUAUGCUGAUCCGAGCCAUCCUUCCAACAAUGGCUCCUUGAUCUCCCUACUCACUGGCGGAUAUGUCGACCCAACGAAGCUUCGCCCGGGCUUUAGGGGCCAAGCAUCAGAAGGCCAGAACCAAGGACAACCCAGUGGAGCACGAAGUGACAGGCAGCCCGGUUUGCCGCUGCCUUACAAGCCGGUCAAGGCGGCAAGGAAAUUUCUUUUCAACAAGGAUAUUUUGUAUCUAAUGGUCGUCAAUAUGCCGACUGAAGAUGAGCUCCGGGAGGCCAAGGCUGUGUUGGACCGCAGAUAAGAAAUUUGUACAUUCCAGAGCGACAGUUUCCCUUAAUUCACAGAUCAAGUUCAUAGGAUCCUGGCGAUUGCUGGUAAGUUGCCUGGACUGAACGACUCGCGGUGUCCGGGCUAUCUUCGCAGUUCGAGCGAUGGUGCAGUCAAACAGGUUGAACCCUUGAGCUUUUACACCAGAUACAAAUCGAGCUGUCACAAAUGAUAAGAGUUCUAAGACGAAGUGAAGA